AUGCGUGACUCUUUGUCCGAUCGCCUGCUCCAGCGCGAGCUGCACGACUCUGCUGGGCGUUCGAGAAAGGUGAGGUCUCUGUAUGGAGACAAGAACUGGGUUCGUGAGCUGGACAUCGUGAACGAGCUCGAUGGUCAUUCCGGCUGCGUAAAUGCUCUCAGUUGGUCAAAGACAGGCCGUUUUCUUGCAAGUGGUUCAGACGAUCAGCACGUAAACAUACACUCUUAUCAGCCCGAUGAUUCGAAUUCGCAAUUCAAAUUGGCUACCAGCAUCGCCACGGGCCAUCGCGCCAACAUCUUCUCUGUCAAGUUCAUGCCUCAUUCGAACGACCGUACAGUCAUAUCAGCCGCCGGUGACAGUGAGGUCCGUAUCUUUGAUCUGGAGUAUUCUGGUGCCACUACAGACGCCUCGCGCGCAUCAGCCAUGGCUUUGAAUGCUGGCAAUGUACAAGAUGGGGUGCGUCGCUUGAGCGAUGGAGAUACAAAUUGCAGAGUCUACCGCUCGCACGGCGACAGGGUGAAGAGAAUCGUCACCGAAUCUUCCCCUCAUCUCUUCCUGACUUGUUCAGAAGACGGAGAAGUGCGUCAAUGGGAUUUACGUCAACCGUCAUCCGCCUAUCCUUCUCCUUCCAGUAGGUCCAUAUCUGCCGUCUCUGUGCCCCCUCCCCUCAUCUCCUAUAAACGUUAUGACUUGGAUCUCAACACCAUCUCCUGUUCGCCAAGUCAACCUCAUUACAUCGCCCUUGGUGGUGCUCAUCUACACUGUUUUCUUCAUGACCGCAGAAUGCUGGGUCGUGACAAGCUUGAUGAACGUGCUGCUUCGCCCGCCCUCUCCACUGCUCAACUAUCCGACCUGGAUGAAGACGCCUUGGGUCAAGCUACCCGCUGCGUUCGCAAGUUUGCACCUCGCGGUCAGCGUGUUAUGGCUCAACGAGACUCUGGACACAUUACCGCAUGCAAGAUCAGUGACGCUUAUCCGAACGAAAUCAUAGUCAGUUGGUCUGGCGAUCACGUCUACAGCUUUGAUUUAGUACGCAGCCCGGAUGCUAGCGAAGAAUCGAGAGAACAGGUCUCGACAACACAAUCGAACAAUCCAAGAUCAAGAGAGAGUAGUGAAAGAAAGCAGAAAAAGAGAACAGCAAGCCAGCUCUCGCAUUCCCCAGGAGCAUCGUCUCGUGUACAGCCGCGUCAACGAACUGAAGAGUCUACCGCAUUGAGAGUGAGAUAUCAUAAUGGCCAAAGCGAAGAUAUCCCAAUUGCUCGUUCCACAAGUCCUGUCUCGUCUUUACGUGAGAGUGUCAUGACAGACAGGCAGCGAAAGGCAUAUCGUCUCGCAAAGACAGUGGUUGAGCUUCGCAAGACGAUGUUCACCCUCAACGAGCAAACAGAAGCUCCUGCGAAUGGGGACCCCACUGGUCAUGCUACGGAGUUUACUUCAGUGCGAAGCUUGGCUGCCACUAUUCUGCCACAAAUGCAAGAGAUUACUCGGACAUGGCGCUAUCCAGUUGCCCCCAUUCAGGAUGAGGUCUUGCUGCAAAGGACGUUGCGUUCUAACAGAGAGUCUGCAUGGCGCUUUGUGCAAGCCUCUGGCGUAAUUGCACGAGCCCUUGGAGGACGAGCGCAUACCGCUAGUCAAGCCACUUUUGAUACGCCUCUAUUUACUAGAAUCGAUCAUGCCCCAAACGAAGGUAGUACACUUAGUGACCGCGAAAGGUUUGGUUACGACUUUAUCAAAGCCAUCUUUCUGUGGCUCGAUAGUGGUCUGGGAGCUCUGAUUGAUGGCUUCACCAGAUCUUCAGACCUCGCUCGGUAUGCAUCACGCUUGCCAGUACCGAAGGAUGCCAGUGCCGAUGCGUUCGACGAAUGUAUUGUGCCCUAUCUUCUGGCUCACUCAUCCAAUACACCAGUCUGCAAUGUUGAUGCUUCAAGGUUUGAGGUGGACGAGAACCGGAUCAUCUACGAGACCGAGACCGAUGCAGUCAGAGCAUUCGUCGAAGCUGUCAAGACGCCCUUUGCAGACCUAUCAUCGAAUGACUCCAUGGAAGGCACAACAGGAUCUACACAGAGACGGAGCGAUGCCUUACUGCACUGGGGCUUCAAAGUCGCUCGUGGUGUACUGAUGAAUGCAGGCGAGGGUGUCAAUUUUGCUUUCGUAGACAGAGCGUUUGGCGGACUUGGAACAGAAAACAAUGCAGCAGCUCGAGAAGAUGCGCGACUACAUGAAAGGCAACGUCAGAUUGAUACUACAGAGGAUGAGCCUACGGCACAGUCAAUGGAAAUCGUGGAAGCUUCGCCGGAGCAACCUUCAGAGGACGAAGAUGUCAUUGCCAUGAGCGACAUCAGAGCAGCCAUGGGAGGAAGCAGUGACGAAGACGGGGACGAGGAAGAUAAUGAUAACGACGAUAUGAAUCUCGAAAAUUCAUUAACGGAACCCGAAGAGCAAGACGACGGUAUUGACGAAGACGACGAAGACGACGCUGAUGCAAGUCAAGACGAGAGCGGUCCUGAAGAUGAUAGCGAUGAAGAGGAAGAAGAAGAAGACUUUCCUCGUCUGAUGUAUCGCAGCGCACUCGGAAGACGACGUAAGCGAGGCGAGGUCGAAAGGGAAGUCUACUGCUCGCCUCAUACCAGAGUAUAUCGAGGCCACUGCAACGUCAAAACGGUCAAAGAUGUCAAUUUCUUUGGUCUGGAUGACGAGUAUGUUGUGUCUGGCUCAGACGAUGGCAAUUUCUUCGUCUGGGACCGAAAAACGGGGCGCUUGGUCAACAUCCUCGAGGGCGACGGAGAAGUGGUCAACGUGCUACAAGGCCACCCGUACGAGCCUAUGCUGGCUGUUAGCGGUAUUGACCACACAGUCAAGAUUUUCUCGCCAGAUUCCAGGGCGCGAGAAGCUGCUAGACUUGGGCAACCUGCCGUAGACGCAGGAGCUGAAGAGCGGAACGUAGCAGAUGAUGAAACCUAUGUUGCACCUGGCGGGCUUACGAGCAGGAAGCGUAUGCACCUUGAAUAUCAGAUCACCUCCCAAAACGAUGUGGAACGACAAGGAGGGAACCAGGAAACUUUCAUCACGAGAAGCAUGCUAGCUUCCUUAGCUCAACACCUCAGAAGGCAAAGGGCCGAAGGAAGAGGUGAAGGGGAAGAUGGUGAAGGAGGAGCAUUUCCUGGCGGCAGAGUUGUCAUUGGCGAUGACUGUGUUGUUCAAUAA